CAGCCGCAUUAUUUGCUUGUGUGGAAGUUAAAAGUCCGUGAAGGCAUAGUUGGGAGAAGAAGACAGAAAUGGCAAGCCAGGCAGCUAGGUCUUUUAACGGUAACAUAAAGAAAGCUGUUGCCGGCCUCAGACGUGUUAAACUUGAUGGUCUUAGAUGGAGAGUAUUCGAUGCGAAAAGCCAGGUUCUUGGAAGGCUAGCAUCUCAAAUAUCUACCGUGAUUCAAGGCAAGGAUAAACCAACAUAUGCUCCAAAUCGAGAUGAUGGAGAUAUUUGCAUCGUGCUGAAUGCAAAGGAUAUUUGCGUCACAGGGAGAAAACUGACUGAUAAAGUUUAUCAUUGGCAUACUGGGUAUGUUGGACAUCUGAAGGAGAGGACUUUGAAAGAUCAGAUGGUCAAAGAUCCUACGGAAGUAAUCCGCAAAGCUGUGCUACGCAUGCUCCCAAAGAACAAACUACGUGAUGAUAGAGAUCAAAAGCUGAGGAUAUUUCCUGGAAGUGAGCACCCCUUUGGUGAUCGGCCCCUUGAACCGUAUGUGAUGCCGCCUAGGAAAGUAAGGGAAAUGCGACCUCGCACAAGACGAGCCAUUGUCCGAGCUCAGAAGAAGGCUGAAAAGCAGCAAAAAGAUGAUAAUGGUCCGCAAAAGGCAAGAAAGAAUGGUGCACGGGAAUUAAUUGCUACUAAUUACUCAAGGUUAUUUGGGCUUAUGAAAGUUGUUGGUGAAUAUCCACUUAAGACGGCUUUGAAUCAGGACUUCUGCAGAGUAGUCAGUAGUGCUUUUCCGAUACCAAUGCUUGAUAGUAGCUUGCGACCACAUAGGCUUGAGAAAGUACUCUUUUCAACAUAA